AUGUACUUAAAUUACCAAUCCCGCCAUCACGACCUCCUCAGCCAGAUCGUGCAUAUAUUGAGAAACAACAGGAAUAUGGCGCUGGAUCCGCGCUUCUACAACAGCAUUGGAGGCCCACCAUCAUUACCAUCACCAUCACAACUGGGCUCCAGAGUCUCGAUGGUCUCGAUGAACGGAGAAGCUAGGCCCCAUUCUGGCGCACAAGAUCCGGCUAAUUUCAGGAUACAGAACAGGGGGAAAGUCCUCGAAAAUAAAACUUUCACGUUCGAUAAUUCGUUUUGGUCUCAUGAUAAGAAUGAUGAGCACUACGCCACGCAAGAAGAUGUGUAUAAUUGCCUCGGCGAGGAGUUCCUGGAUCACAAUUUCGAGGGAUAUCACACAUGUAUCUUCGCAUACGGCCAGACUGGGUCAGGUAAAAGCUACACGAUGAUGGGUACACAAGAGCAACCUGGUUUGAUUCCACGGACAUGUGAAGACCUGUUCCAGCGUAUUGAGAGUUCUGAAUCACCUGAUAUCAGUUAUAAUGUCCGCGUCUCAUAUUUUGAGGUAUACAACGAGCAUGUACGAGAUCUGUUGGCACCACGCACAGACACGCCAUAUUACUUGAAGAUUAGAGAGUCACCAACAGACGGGCCGUACGUAAAGGAUCUAACAGAUGUGCCAGUACGGAGCUAUUCAGAGAUUAUGCGGCUCAUGCGCAAAGGAGAUGCUUCUCGUACUACCGCGAGCACGAAAAUGAACGAUACAAGCUCACGGUCUCAUGCAGUUUUCACGAUCAUGCUAAAACAAAUCCAUCACGACCUAUCGACGGAUGAAACGACUGAACGAACAGCGCGUAUUAGACUCGUGGAUCUUGCCGGGUCAGAACGAGCCAAAUCAACAGAAGCAACGGGACAGAGACUAAGGGAAGGCUCUAAUAUCAACAAAUCUCUUACUACCCUUGGUCGCGUUAUUGCCGCUUUAGCAGAUAAUAAACCUGGUCGACCGCGCAAGAACAAAGAAGUUGUCCCUUACCGUGACUCUAUCCUGACUUGGUUACUGAAGGAUAGCUUGGGAGGAAAUUCGAAAACGGCCAUGAUUGCAUGUAUAGCCCCGUCAGAUUAUGAGGAAACUCUUUCCACCCUGCGCUAUGCAGACCAAGCGAAGCACAUCCGUACACGCGCUGUCGUCAACCAGGAUCAUGUUUCAGCCGCUGAACGUGAUGCACAGAUUGCCGAAAUGGCUGAGAUCAUCCGCGAGCUUCAGAUCAGUGUGAACCAGCAGGCUAUCAGCAAACGGGAAACAGAGAUGAAGAAUGAAAAACUAGAAGAGUAUCAAGGUCAAGUCGUCAAGCUGCAACGGUUGAUGGAAGAGACCAAGAUGGUCAGUGAAUGCAAAAUACGCCAGUUACAGACGGAGAAUGAUGCUCUGCGUCGUCACUUGAAGCUUGCUCUGGAGAGUUUAAAAAACCCCAUCCCGCCAGUUGAGGUAGUCAAACGGGCGAGACAGAGUGAUCUGUUCUCCGUUCCAGGAAAAGAGAACAUUGCGGACGGUGUGCGCAUUAUGGAUGAAGAGGAGUAUGGGAACGACACGCCUACAACAGAACCCGACCUGAUCUGGGAGGAUUGCGACGAUUAUGCCAGCGUUGCUGACGCCGGUGAACUGGAAGCCGUGGAGAUGCAGGCGCAGAUGGAGGACCUUCUGCUUGAUCUCAAUUUUUUCAGAAGGAAAGUGGCGGACGACCAUGAGCGAUUCGGGAUCAAAAUUGCAAAUGGUGGAGAGAGGCAGGUUCCCGGGGACGUUCAGUUGAACGAAUAA